UAGCUCGAGAGAAACUAGUGAACGCCCGUAGACAGAAGGCGCAUGCGUCCGAGUUUCAGUGCUCUUUAGGUCUGUGGCGUGGGGGAGUCUUAAGUCAUUCCUUCUUGCUUUGGCCCCUUUUCCCCUCCACAGUCUCAACCGUGUACCUCCUCCCCCCAGCACAAGAAAUAGAGGUUACGCCAUCUUGUUCCCCCCUCCCACGACCUCAGUCGCCCCCUCUCCUUUGCCACCCUCCCCUCCCCCCUACUCCCCGGAAGAGUGUCCUGGGCAGCCGCGGCGGGAACAACAUCAGCUUCGGCCGUCCCCACCUCCGCGGCGCGGGACUCGCAGCCGUCCGUCAGUCCAUCCGCCCCACCAAGGGUUCAUUAAAGCAGAGAUGAAUAAUACUGCAGCUAGCCCGAUGUCAACUGUUGCUACUUCAAGUAGUGGAAGAGCCACAGGGAAAUCUACAAGUUUUACUCUUGAGCUGCAGAGUAUGAUGUUUUCUUUGGGAGACGCUAGAAGGCCACUUCAUGAAACAGCAGUCUUGGUGGAAGAUAUUGUUCAUACUCAGUUGAUUAAUUUGUUGCAGCAAGCAGCUGAAGUUUCACAGCUACGUGGAGCCAGAGUGAUUUCUGCUGAAGAUCUUCUUUUUCUGAUGCGCAAAGACAAGAAAAAGCUUAAAAGACUGCUGAAAUAUAUGUUUUUCCGAGACUAUAAAUCUAAAAUUGUCAAAGGUAUAGAGGAAGAUGAUCUUCUGGAAGACAAAUUUAGCAACAGUAGCAAUGUCAACAAAAGGCAGAAAAUAGCCCAAGAUUUCCUUCACUCUAUUGAUCAGACAGGAGAACUUUUGGCUAUGUUUGAAGAUGAUGAGAUUGAUGAUGUUAAACAAGAGAGAAUGGAGAGGGCUGAAAGACAGACUCGAAUGAUGGAUGCAGCUCAAUAUGCAGAAUUUUGUGAAAGUCGCCAAUUAAGCUUUUCCAAAAAAGCUUCCAAGUUCCGAGACUGGUUGGAUUGUAGCAGUAUGGAGAUCAAACCAAAUGUUAUUGCCAUGGAGAUUUUGGCCUAUUUAGCAUAUGAGACUGUGGCCCAGUUGGUGGAUCUGGCUCUUCUGGUUAGGCAAGAUAUGGCACCCAAAGCAGGUGACCCCUUCAGCCAUGCCAUUUCUGCUACUUUCAUACAGUAUCAUGCUUCCAGUGAGCCACAUCUCUUCGGGUCGAGUUCUGGCAUGAAAUCCAGCCCUGAUUCCCCUGAAAAUACGCCUCCUCCUACACCAACUGCUCCAACAUCUGGACCACAACACCCAGGGAAAACCCAAUCAGGGACUUUGGGGAAUGGGAAUAUUGGACAAGACUCGGCUAAAACAAAACAAAGGAAAAGGAAAAAGAGCACUGCAGCCUGUGGUAUCGAGGCUCAAAGCGAUGCCAUCCAGCCUAGCCACAUCAGAGAGGCUAUUCGACGCUAUGGCCACAAGAUUGGCCCAGUUUCCCCAUUCACAAGUGCCUACCGCAGAAAUGGAAUGACUUUCCUAGCCUGCUAACAUGGACAUGGAUAUCACUACAGCAACAGAAAAGGCGACAUUCUAUUAAAGUGUUUUGUUUUGCCCAGUCAGUAGAAAGGAGAGGAAGCAGAAAUACAGGUUGAGUUCUCCAUUUUCUAAGGAGUCUGCUGCUUUGUUAUAGUUAUCAAAAGGCUGACUCCUGCUCUUUUCCAGCCCCCUCCAUCAUUACUCUUAUUUGCCAGAUGAAGCUUUGAGCUAAUUAAUGGCAGGAUAUUUGGGGUAGUAUGUAGGUGGACAAGAAUGCAAAUCAUACACAAUCA